AUGCUGUGGUGGCUUCUUGUCUUCUCUACUCUGGGUCUCGGGGCCUGGGGUGAUUCCUCCUGGGAUAAAACACAAGAUAAACACCUGUCCGAGGGACUUCAGGACCUGCUUGGCAACAUCUCGCAGCUCAUUGAAAAAGACAAACGGGGUCUCAGUGGUGUCUCCACCAUGGUCUCUCGUGAGCAGUGGGGGGCAGACGCCAUUGGCUGCUGUGCCCAGCUGGCCCUGCCGGUGGACUUCCUUGUCACGCACCACGUCCCUGGGCUGGAAUGUCACAACCAGACCUCGUGCAGUCAGAGGCUGCGGGAGCUGCAGGGCCAUCACGUGCGCAACGGCUGGUGUGACGUAGCCUACAACUUCCUGGUUGGGGACGAUGGCAGGGUGUACGAAGGUGUUGGUUGGAAUGUCCAAGGUGUGCACACCCAGGGCUACAACAAUAUCUCCCUGGGCCUCGCAUUCUUUGGCAGCAGCAGAGCUAUGAAGGAGCUGGCAGGAUAUCUUGUCCCCCCGCAGAACUCUGCAGCUCAGGCCAGAUCGAGGCUUCCUAAGGAUCACUCUCUUCCAGGCCACAGCCCUAGCCCUGCCGCCCUGGCAGCCAUGGAAGGUUUGAUCUCCUCUGCUGUCCGCAAGGGCCACCUGUCACCCCUGUAUGUCCAGCCACUCCUUGUGAAAGGCGAGAGCUGCCUGUCUUCUCAGCAGAAUGCAAGUCUCAAGGAAGUUUGCCCACUUAUUGUCCAGAGGUCUGCUUGGGAUGCCAGGGAGGCCCACUGUCCCGAGAUGAACCAGCCGGCCCAGUAUGUCAUCGUUAUCCACACCGCGGGGCGAACCUGCAACAGGUCUGAUGAAUGUCGCGUGCUGGUCCAAGACAUCCAGUCCUCCUUCAUGGAUAGAUUGGACUCGUGUGAUAUCGGGUACAACUUCCUUGUGGGCCAGGAUGGCAUCAUCUAUGAAGGAGUAGGCUGGAGUGUCCAAGGUUCCCACACCCCCAGCUACAAUGACAUUGCCCUGGGCCUCGCCUUUAUGGGCACCUUCUCUGGUUCCCCGCCCAAUGCCGCAGCGCUGGAGGCAGCCCAGAACCUGAUCCAGUGUUCCGUGAUCAAGGGGCACCUGGUCUCCGACUACCUGCUGGUGGGGCACAGUGAUGUGACCCACGUUCUGUCUCCUGGGCGGGCUUUGUACAACGUCAUUAAGACUUGGCCUCAUUUCAGACACUAG